UUUCCCUACACUCAGCCAUUGCCGCAUUCACAGUUGCCAGUAGCAAGCGUUCCGAUUUAUCCGGAAAAUUCAUAUCUGAGUGGUACUGUCCUGCCGGAAUUGACAGCCACACCACCCGAAGAUAUCAACCCUCCAUCAACUGAAUUGGUCGAACCACCGUAUGACAGUGAUUCGGAAGAUACUAUUGACGAAGGCAGUGUCACUGAAGCUGAACUGUACAAUACUGAUGACACAACAGAUGAACAAGCUGUAACUGAAGAAACAACGACGUUGUCAAAUUAUCUGAACGAUGCCGACACGUACGGAAACGAAAAAACAGAUGCCGUGGACUCGGAUUCUAAUGAAGUCUAUGACAACUCAGCAGCACUCAUCGACGAUACUGCCACUUAUUCACAGCAAUACGAAGGUAUUGAUCAGUAUCAAAAUGGUGUGAUUUUGAUAUCAUCACCUCUUGCGAUUUGA